CAGCUUGUUCGCCAACACAAGACCUAAAACAUCCUCCACAACAUCUUCCCACUACUCAAGAAGAGGCAGGAUCAAGUAUGGCUAGUAAGUCGCCGAUUAUCUUCAAGGUUUCCACUAGACUUCCCAUGUUUUUGAAGAUACUUCUAGGUUCAGUUAAGUACGUAGAACCAGGAUUCAUGAUUGACAUUCUUAUGGAGACCAAUAUUAUGGGCGAACAAUAUACCUUAUAUAUCUCACAUGAGGAUAUAGUACACUUUGGACUUAUGGAAGAAAUUGGUGCGUCUUGCAUUUCAUUCUAUAUUAGUAUAAUAUAUUCCGAGUUGUGCGAUAGAGAGAUAUCACACUUUUUUGGUUUCAUUGAGCCAUCGUGGUCAUCGAGAAUUGGGACAAAUAUGGAUAAUCGGGCUGAAAUUAUCUCAGAGCGUAUCAAUAACAUAGUAGUGGGUCAAACUUUGUUAAUGCCAUACCAUUUCUUACGUCACUGGAUGUUAGUGAUCAUUGAUCCAGAUGACCAUACAUGUUACUAUCUUGAUCCACUUAGAAAAUCUCCUCCAAAUGAUUUGAAGACCUUAUGA